AUGGAAGCCAACGUCAAUAGAAUCAACAGAAAGGCUGUCGAGGCUAUCUCGAACACGCUCAUCGGUGCUAGAGAAAUCGAAAUCAAGGACAAGCAAGAAAUUGGCUCACUAGUCUUUGCUCUCUUGGCUCUUGGCUCCAGUGCUGUCCCGGUCGCCUCGGGCUUUAUAUCCCAUUUCUUCCUCUUCCUGGGUGAAGUGCUCUUCGGAAUAAACAUGAAGGAUAUCUGGGAUGCGCUGCGCAAACCAAUCGAGCACCUGAUUGAACAAAAGAUUGACGCAUAUCAUCUGGAAGUUUUGGAAACUAAGAUCAAAGGCUUCCAAACAAACAUGCAGGCCUUUACAGGCGCUUGGCGUCUAUGGCAUAAUGCGACCGCGGCCACCAGGGAGCAAGAGGCACAGAAUCUUAAAGAUCAUUACACGGCGUUUCUCACCGUUUUGCGAGGCUCAAUUCCCGAAUUCCAGAUCAACAGCUCAGCCGUGGCGGCCCUCCCUUGGUUUGUAAUGGCCGCCAACAUACACAUCGGCUUGCUUGCCAACGGCAUCAAUUACGGUGCAUCAUGGGGCUACACAGAAGAGUUCAUUGAAGGGAUACUGCGGCCAGAAUUCAACAGAUUGACGGUCCCAAGCAUGACGGGCUCUGAUAUGACGGCUCGCACCGUCAUCUCGAACGAGUGCUCGUCUAACAUCACAUCUGCGUGCCCGGGUGACUACGGCAAAAAGACCGAGUUAGAGCUCCUUUCAAACUCAAUCCAAGCAGGCGAGGCUCAUGGUUGGUCUGAAGAAUUGCUCGAUACCUGGAGGACCGCCUACUCCGCGAUGACCGUCCAACGGCGGGACCUCUUGGCCGAGCCCAAAGAUGUGAAGCGGGACUAUCGAUACUACAUCGAAAGCCAGUACAUCCUGGGCCGCUCCAAGGUUCGGCCUUACCCGCCGAGGUCGUCGAAAGAGAAGCUCUACCGCUUCCUCGCGACGGCGAGGAAGUUUCGGGCUUACGCAGACUAUGACGCCGAAAUGAUCGCGAACGUGCUCGCAUAUACCGAAUUCUGGCCGUAUCUUCUGAACGGUCACGACAUGCCUGUCUCGGUCCUAAAUAGACUGGACCGCGAGAUCUUCUCGGGACCGUACGGGAACUACACUGACAAGGUGACCGAGGGCAUGUCGACGCUGCAAGUACCCUGGACCGAUUCGACGCUGCCGCCUGUGGUGCCGCGCGCUGCUGGAAACUUUACCUCGUUCAUUGUACGCGCCGACGAGUUUGUUGAAGGCUUCCAGCAGAGAUGGGGCGACGAUUGGUCCGUACAGUACGGCUCCGGGGAUAGAGGUGUGGCCCACCAGGUUGACCUAGAGCCGGACGAGGUUGUGGAAUGCAUUCACAUUGAAUAUGGCCAAAAGAUUGGUUCGCUGCGCUUCACAACGAACAAGCGCGUGCACGGACCGUAUGGCAAAGACCCAUGGAUACCGGGUUCCCUCGGCAGCCUUGAUGACACCGUCAAUCGCACUGGCUAUAUCAUGUCAAGCGCUCACGUUGUCAAAUGGCCAGGAGACAAAUUCGCUGGCUGCGAGGGUAUCUACUUUGGAUUCCGGCCGUUGCUCAUGAACGGAGACGGACCGGCCUAUAAUGCGUCAAUUGAGCCAGUACGUACGGUCUAA